CCCUGGUUGGCAACCCCCUCCAGGAUUUCACCAAGGAAGAUUGAAGGAAAGCCAACGAGAGGGCUCGGGAUUACAGAUGGAUAAAGGGCAGAUUAGAAAAAUGGAAAACAGACGGCAGUGGGAUUUGGAUGGUUCCAUUCAUAAGGUGACGUGGGCACAGGACGAAGAUCAUCGCGCCUGGAGCGAGCGAUUGGAGUGGCUGAUCAUUCAAGCGUGGAGGACGGACGAGGACGGCGACUUGCUCGGGUUCCUUUUUGGCUCGGUACGUCCCAGCCAUCACCGGCCGAUCGUCCUCGAACUUACGAUCCCCCUCGCGCAGCUCGCGGACGAUCUCCCCUUGGACAUCAUCUCGCAAAGUGACGCUAGCCCAGUUCCACACGUCCUUGCGCGGAGCCAGACACCGUACCUCCAGUGGUCUGCGUGUCUAGAGGAACCAGGGGAUGACCGCCAGCUGCCGUCGCGACAAGCGUAUCUGAAUCCGGGAGGAAUUAUCAAUCCUUCCUUCUUCCGCGAUCGGGCAGCCGCCGAGGACGAAGCGCUAGCAGCAGAAGAGGAAGCAGAAGAGGAGGAAGAAGAACAGCCUGGCAGCGGAACUGAGACAGAAGAAGACAACGAAGAAGAAGCUCCCGAAGAAGGGAGUUACAACGAACAUAGCGAGGGCGAGCCGAGCGAAGAGGAAGAACCAGACGACGACGAAGAAGAAGAGGAGUCUGAAUACAAAGGAUUUGAGGAAGAGGUGUGUGACGAGGCUCGGGCCCGGAAGAAGGAAGAAAUCGCGGCCGGAAAAAGACAGCUGGAGUUGGCCAGCUCAGCCGGCCAACCUCAAGCCGACGACCCGGCCAGAGAUCCGGAGCUACCAAAGCCCGAAGAUGGAGCGACAGCUGGCGAGACUUCGGCCCCACCAGCAAGACGGCGACGAAGCCGAUUCCCCUCCCCCUCCGCCUCAAACCGUCCACCAAUUCGUCAACGUACCGAUGCGGGGCAUCGGGCUUCGUCCCCGUUCGUUAUCCCGCAGUCCCCUUGAUCAUCUCACUCCCCGCCAAGCCACUACCCGC